UACGCAGACCCGCGAACAAGGCAACGAGCAAGCUGCUUCCUUGCCUGAGUUACUCUCCCCAAUCCUGGGCGAGAUGAAACUGAGUCAGCUUGAAGGAGGUGGGACAGUAUGCGGAGAUGGAAUCAUGAUUGAUGCGGCACAGGACAAUGAUAUACUUUACAGCCACUCAACCUGGAUGAUGAGGAGAAGCCGGUCACGCUAUUCGGGCCAGAGCCCGAAUCAAUCCUGUUCUCACCUUUGGGACCAAACAAUGUGGUGUCUAUGGUGUUGGAAAGUGAUACAGACCCUGGAAUUGCUGACCCGAGCACAUAUAUUGACGAUGGGCGGCCGCGCACUAGAAUGGUGAGAUACUCAUCGACCCACAUUCUUCGAACUGUCUACUUACAAUCAGCGCUUCACGUGCACGACGGCAGAUGAGCCAUAUCUCGUUUCAACGAACCCCGUGGCCGCGCGCCACAACACCAUUUCGCUGCUUGGACAAGAGAAGCGACAGGCCGCACCAGCAUCAGGCCGGCCAGACAGUGCUGGCUCUGAAAGCAACAGCUGCGCUCAACUGGCUUGGCUCGAUGAAGGAAGCGAUAGCCAAACGCGCAAGCCACACACCAACUGCAGCGGACUCUGGCCACGAGAAGAGCACGGGCCACGUACAAGCGACGCCGACGCCAAUAUGCAGCGGCAGUCACCAUCCAUUGAGGCUACCAUCAGCCUCCCCCCUUCAUUUACCUUCUCGCACACGAUCGCAGGAUGACAAUACAUCUGAUAAACGAAGAUACUUAUCCACAAGCAUACGUCAUGAAUUGGCGGCGAGGAACUCAAGCAGCAUCUCCGACACAGCUGCAAAGCAGGAGAAUAGGGAUGUGGGCCUGUCGAUAACUACCCGACCGUUCGAUAACUCCGAGGCCGCAGCGGGGAAGAUAUUGGGUGAGGCAGAUGAAGCAAAAGGGAACACCUUGAACCAGCUACUGGGGGCGAUGGGUGAAUGAGGUAUACGGGAAAGAUCUCAGAGAGUAUUGCAAACUUGUGCUAUGCAAAGAAGUUGGUCAAAUUGUUUCUAUCGUAUUUUGUUAUGCG